AUGCAGUACCAUCCAGACCAAUUCCCAGAUGAUCGACCGCACCGUACCCACCGGUCCAAAUCCGGUCCCAAACAGCGGGCGGACGCAGAGACCUACUCGACGACAUUGGAGUUUUCGUUGAACAUUCCCGCUCUAUUCGGGAGGACGAAGAAACGACGUUUACGAGAAAGCCAAGGCUCUGUCGACAGAUUGUGGCAAGACGCAAAGGGAUAUGAAAAGAAAGCGAGGAGACCAGGGACCACAGACGCACAUUCCAGUUAUGGCCGUGCCGCACUCACGUACGAACGUGCUGCCAAACUGUCUGAUGACGCGUAUGGAGUAGCUAGCGACACAACUCUGAGACUGCGGAGGGACUGGGCGGUCAGUCUGAGCCGAAGUGGCCAGCUCGAUGCUGCAAUCUCAUGUAACGAGAUUACCAUUAGACGUUGCGCAAAGAGUAGACCGCCCAAGGACCUCUUGACAGUGGAAAUAAUGAGAUGGCAGGCGGAAUUCCACAGGUUGAACAAUGAUCACCACGGCGAGAUAGGAACGCACCUGAAGCUCGUCGACCGCGUGGAAUGUGGGAGUUGGAGUAAUCGAGUCCCUAAGGUGAUAUAUGAGUGUCGAAGAGACCUUUCGGCCGCAUUGUACAGGGCCGGGCUCGACUUGGGUUGUGAUGAUCACAUCAAGCAAGCUGUCACUGUCAGUAAGAGAAGUCUCCAGCUUGCCGACACGGAUGUGAACGGUGACAGGCUUGAACGUAUCAAAAUACGAUCAGAGUUAGGCAGCGAGCUGUAUGAGCUGAAGCAAUACGAAGAAGCGUUGACUUGUUUCAACACCAAUAUUAAAGUAAUCAGAGAACGCCUGCCGGACUCCAAUGACGAGAAAGCUUUUACGAAGCACUUGCAAGACUCAAUUGCGUCAGCCAUGAAAUGCGAAAGCAAGCUAGAUGAAAAGAAGGAGAGAGAGCGGGAGUGCAGGAAUCGUGCAAUGAAGGAGACGGAAAGGGCGAAACCAACAUCGGCGAGAAUGAAAUCACCGAGAGAAGCGUGGUGGAGAUCAAUGGAAAAGCAAUCAAUGGAGAGAGCAGAGAAAUAUGGAGAAGGGCAGAAACGGAAGGAAACCACAAGAAAUGCAAGAAAUACUCAAAAGGAUUGUGAUGCAAACGGUGAGAAGACGAAUUCGAUCUCUGAAACUAUCAUCGUUGAAGACUACAACGACUCGCGUGGAACCGGUUCAACCAGUGGGGAAGGGGUGCAAGCUGAAGUUUCAGGUUGCGUGCGUAAAAGAAAAUGUAAUAGGAAAAUAGAGGCAGGAUCCAUCGGCGGACAGACUCACAACAGCAAGCCAGAGCUGAGACGGAAUCAAAGGAAAUCGAAAUGCGAGGCUCAGCAAGCCCCAGAACCCAACAAGACGGCGUCAGAACUUACCCGGCCCGGGUGUCAUAGUUCAGGGGGUCCGGUCUCCUCGUUGGGAAACGUCGUGGAAGCCGGUGCAGUCAACGCGGCUGUAACCAAACCAUCAUGCAAGACAUAUGCGCCCAAAGCAAGAUCCACAAUGGCCUUAAGCAAAGCGAAUUCGUCGGUAGAAGCGACCCCAAUGGGCGACGUCGAAGAAGUGACAUCGUUGGACCGUAUCCAGGAUCAUAUGCAGUUUUUGACACCAUUGUUACGCGAAAACAUGCAACCUGCUAAGAACCGUAGCGCCGAUGUCACAGGGAAGAAGACGGAGGAUUCCAAGCAAAUGAGAGACGAUUCGCUGGAAAUACCUUCAACGGGAACGGAACGCAGUGCAACCUGGGUUAGAGAUAAAGACAGAGGGAGGAAGCUCCAUGAUCAAUCACAAAAUCUGGAAGCCGUUGUUGCAAGAGCCAGAUCCGCAAGUGGAACCUCCCGACCCGUGUCAAUGUCUGCUUCAGAUUUGAAGCAACGUCGCGGGGUAUCGGAAUCCAGAGCCUCUGCUGAUGCGGCCAACAGUAGAAGAGGGAGCAACAUUGGUGUUCGCCUAGUACCAGGUGGACACAGCCAGGAGCAAAACUUGGACAUAUCACAGAGUAAGCAGCUGCACUCUGGACUCUCCCAAGUUCCUCCAGUCACGAAUGAGUCGGACAGGGUCGUAGAUGCAAGCCUUACGAUCCCCACCAUUCGUACUACACUUGCUGAUAGUGGUGAAUGGGAUACUCUAAUGCCUCCUGAAUGGAUGGACGAUCUUGUAGAGGUGGAGGACGGUCAGGGUAUGCGAAGAACUUGCUCUGACAACAACCUUCCGGCAAUGCUUCCGGCAAUGGCGCUGGACAUGAAGGCUCCAAAGCGAAGGGCAAGGGCGGUAUCCACGAGCGGAUUGGAUUGGGCCCGAGAUACUCAGUACGUAUGUGCCAAUUCAGCAAUAAUUUUUCUAGAUCUGACGAAGAUUAGAGCCGAUUUAUUAGCAGACUCAUGGUUCGACAAGUUGCGGCGGAAUGCCCAUGUGUUCCUUGACAAGUACGACCGUGGUUCAAGGAACGUCAAGAUAGCCGUCCUAGAUACCGGAGUUGCGGGAAGUCCACAGAGUUUUGUGCCAGAGCUGAUCCGGCAGAAGAAGGUGCGCCUCAGACGUGGCAAGCAACUUGCUGAGACAUUGGACCCUUACGAGGAUGUCGAUGGUCAUGGUACUCAUGUGGCAGGUCUGAUCCUCCAAGUCUGUCCUUAUGCCGACGUUUACAUAUACCGCGUCACCCGAGGUCAAGGGGCGCCCAUCGAACACCGAUACGUGAAGGAUGCUCUAGCCGAUGCCAUUGAAAAGAGGAUAGAUAUCGUGAGCAUGAGUUUUGGCUGGGAAGGCGACAGCGAUAGGGAACUCCGUGCGGUCAUCCGGCGAGCCAGGGAGAAUGGUUUGCUUCUCUUUGCGGCAAGCUCCAACGAUGGAUUGACUAGGUCUGGCAGAGUGCCCUACCCAGCAAGAGCGGAUGGAGUCAUAGCUGUGGAUGCCGCCAAUGGAUUCGGGCGACCGUCUCCAUUCAAUCCACCCCAAGGCAGGGAGGAAAGAAUCAUGGCCUUAGGGGAGCGUGUGAGGUCGGCCUACCCCGAAACGCCAGGCCGUUCAUGCCUGACCCCGCAAGAUCGGGAGAAGCCAGGAUGGAAGAGAGAUUCUGGGACCUCUUGCGCCACACCUAUUGCAGCAGGCAUCGCGGGUUUGGUAUUGGAGUUCUCGCGUCAACUGCCUUUGAGCCGGGAUCCGAGUGUGGAGGAACAUUUGAAAGAUGUAGAGGGCAUGAGAGAAGUUUUUCUCGAGCUGAUGUCGACAAAGACAGAGGCAAACUCUCGUUUCAACUUCCUCGACCCUUGCAAGGUAUUCUCCUCCGAUGACGGGGACCUGGAUGGCAGCGAGUGGGACGACUUCAUGUCACAGAGAUGGUUCGCCGCUCACAAGAUUGUCGCAUGUCUGCGAGCCAGAUUUUCUCCAAGUGUCGGUUCUUUGCUGAGGCAAAGGCCAUGGGAAGGUAAAAACAGAUAG